AUGGAUCCUAAGGGGCUCCUCUCCUUGAACUUCCUGCUGUUUCUUUCCCUGGCUUUUGAGCUGAGCUGUGGAACAGGUGAGAGCUUGAUGAAUUGCCCAGAGAUACCUGAGCAGUUGGGAAGCAGUUUACUGCUGUCCCUGGCAUCUGAAGGGAUAAGUAAGAGCAUGAACAAGAGCAUCCACAUCCUCGUCACCAGAGCAGAAUCACCGGGAAACAGUGUCAAGAAGAAAAUAGUGUCUCUGGAUCUUCCAGAAGGCGGUUCUCCACGCUAUCUGGAAAAUGGCUAUACAUUUCAUCUAGAAAACCUGAGCCUGGGGAUCCUGGAAAGCAGAAAGGAAAAUGAAGGCUGGUACUUCAUGACCCUGGAGGAGAACUUUUCAGUUCGACACUUUUGUCUGCAGCUGAAGCUCUAUGAGCAGGUCUCCACUCCGGAAAUUAAGGUGUUGAACUGGACCCAGGAGAAUGGGAACUGCAGCUUGACGCUGGCCUGCGAAGUGAAGAAAGGGGACUAUGUGGUUUACAGCUGGAGUGAGGAAAUGGCUACCGACCCACUGAUCCCAGCCAACGGUUCUUACCUCCUGCACCUCAGCCUCGGCCCUCAGAAUGUCAACAAUGUCUACUUCUGCACCGCGAGCAACCCCAUCAGCAGCCGCUCACAGAUCUUCACCCCGCAGUCCAAGUGCAGGCCAGAAUCUUCAGAAUCAACACAAUGGGGACUGUAUGCCGGGCUGUUCUUAGGGGGCAUCGUUGGUGUCAUCUUGAUUCUCGAAGUGGUAAUACUGCUGUUGAGAAGAAGAGGUAAAGCAAAUCAUUACCAGCCAACAAUGGAAGCAAAAAGCCUUACUAUUUAUGCCCAAGUCCAGAAAUCAGGUUCUGCUCAGAAGAAACCUGAUCCCCUGCCAGCUCAGGACCCCUGCACCACCAUUUACGUUGCUGCCACAGAACCUGUCCCAGAGCCUGUCCAGGAACCAAAUUCCAUCACAGUCUACGCCAGUGUGACACUUCCAGAGAGCUGACACCACAGACUCAGUGAAGGGACUUUCUGAGGGAAUAUAGAGGGGCUACAGUAAACACUGAACUUGGCUCCAUGUCCCAAGCUCCCGUGACACUCUGCACAUCUGUACUCUGCUCAGAUCAACUCCUCGGUGAUGCUUCUUCCACAGCCACCUGUGGGAUGGACA